GGCGGCGGCGGCGUUGCGGGGACCCCCGGCCCCGCGCGGCGGUUUCAAGGUCCCCCGGGCCGGGCCGGGCCGAGGCGCAGCGCGGGGCCGGGAUGGCGGCGGGGCGCCGCCGGUGACAGCGGGGCCGUGCAGGAUGUACGGCAAGGGCAAGGGCUGCGGCGUGCCGUCCGACGGGCAGGCCCGCGAGAAGUUGGCGCUGUACGUCUAUGAGUACCUCCUGCACGUGGGAGCCCAGAAAUCCGCGCAGACGUUCCUGUCCGAGAUCCGAUGGGAGAAGAACAUCACGCUGGGAGAACCGCCGGGCUUCCUGCACUCCUGGUGGUGCGUCUUCUGGGACCUCUACUGUGCAGCCCCCGACCGCCGUGAGACGUGCGAGCACUCGAGUGAGGCCAAAGCCUUCCAUGACUACAGCGCAGCGGCGGCGCCCAGCCCGGUGAUGGGGAGCCUUCCCCCCAGCGACGGCAUGGCGGGGGGGCCCAUGCCUCCCGGCUUCUUCCAGGCACCGCCGGGUUCGCAGCCGUCGCCGCACGCUCAGCCUCCCCCCCACGCCCCCACCGCCCCCAUGAUGGGGCCGCACCCCCAGCCCUUCAUGUCCCCCCGGUACCCCGGCGGCCCCCGCCCUGCACUGCGGAUGAACCAGCCACCUGUGGGUGUCCCCGGCUCUCAGCCGCUGCUGCCCAACGCCAUGGACCCGGCCGCGCGGGCACAGGGGCAUCCGAACAUGGGGGGCCCAAUGCAGCGCAUGAACCCCCCCCGAGGCAUGGGUGGAAUGGCACCGCAGACCUACGGCAGUGGGAUGCGCCCCCCCCCCAGCUCGCUGGCCGGCCCCGGCAUGCCCACCAUGAACAUGGGUCCCGGCGGCCGCGGGCCGUGGCCAAACCCCAGUGCCAACUCUAUCGCCUACUCCUCCUCAUCCCCCGGGAACUACGUGGGUCCUCCCGGUGGCGGCGGCCCCCCCGGCACCCCCAUCAUGCCCAGCCCUGGUGAUUCCACCAACUCCAGUGAGAACAUGUACACCAUGAUGAACCCCAUCGGGCCGGCGGGGACCCGGCCAAAUUUCCCAAUGGGGCCGGGGCCGGAGGGGCCCAUGAGCGGGAUGAGCGCCAUGGAGCCCCAUCACAUGAACGGAUCCUUAGGCUCUGGGGACAUGGAUGGGCUGCCCAAGAGCUCUCCCAGUAACAUGGCGGGGCUGAACAACCCCCCCGGCACCCCGCGGGACGACGCCGAGAUGGGCACCAAUUUCUUAAACCCCUUCCAAAGCGACAGCUACUCGCCCAGCAUGACAAUGAGCGUGUGAGCCCAGCGCCGAAGCCGGCCGAGAACCCGACGCCCCCCCGCGGUGCCAAAAAAAAAAAAAAAAUAAUAAUAAUAAUUAAUUUUUCUGUA